UACACUGGAAAAUGGCUGACAACUGCCAUACCUAAUGCAUGUCUCCAGAACAUUGAAAAAAGAAAGUAAAAUGGAGUUACCUUUGGAUGAGGAGGAUGGCACCUUCACCAACAUUUCUUUGGCAGAUGAUUCAGCAGAGCAUCUCUCAAGAAUACCCCCUUCAAAGGCGGAGAGAGGCCACACUACAAUGAUGAAUGCUGACAUGGAUGCUGUUGAGGCUGAGAAUCAGGUGGAAUUAGAAGAGAAAACACGCCUUAUUAAUCAAGUGUUGGAACUGCAGCACACACUUGAAGAUCUCUCAGCACGAGUAGAUGCUGUUAAGGAAGAAAACUUGAAACUGAAAUCAGAAAACCAAGUUCUUGGACAGUAUAUAGAAAAUCUGAUGUCAGCCUCUAGUGUUUUCCAAACAACUGACACAAAAAGCAAAAGGAAGUAAGGGUUGACUCACAGAUGAUGUCAUUGUAUUGCUGCUGUCUUUUUUUUUUGUUUGUUUUAAUUGGCAUAGGCUACAUGAGCUAAAAUACCUUAGUUUGUGGCUUUACUGGAUACCUGAAGAUGAAAAGCUCUGGUGAUAAAACACAAGAACAUUAUCAUGAACAAGAGAGAUAAGUUUGUGUAGUAUAAAGAUUAAGAAAUGUGCACAUACAGUGUAGAGAUUUACUAAGCUUUUGUAUUUGUUUUUAAAAUGAAUAUAUCCUGUUAACAAUUGGAUUCAGUUUGUCAGGUUAAACAGAAGUCUGCUGGCACUCUUUGAAGUCUUAGGGUAGUAUUCUCAACUAGCAAGAUAAUACAGUUAUAUUGUGUUGAAACCUCAUUUGAUAAAAAUGUUCAAAGUCUCAUUGCAUCACCUUUUCCACCUUUAUUAUAGAUCGAAUCUGCAGAGCAAUUUUAAACAGUCUAGAAACCAGUUAAGAAUUUCUGUGAAGGAAUACCAGUAUGACACUAUAUGCAGGGCUUGUGUACUGAAAAACACUUUUUUGCAGAGGGGGAGGGUAAGAGAAGAGGAACAAGGAUAAACGACUUAAAUCAGGGAAAUACCAAACUGAGGCAGCAUCAGACCAUUCGUAGUUUGCAAGAUGCACCCUUCAAACCAUGUUCAGUUUCCUUUAUCCUCAAAGAAUGAUCAGUCACAGCAUCAUGAUCCUCCUGAAGUUUUUUAGUUGCGUGACGAGGAGUUAUAUAAAAAUCCAGGUAAUAUACCUUACAGAAACAGGUGGUCAACAAGUGCAGAACAAUCUGCAGUGAGGAACCAAGCACAAGUCUGUCCUUCCCAACUUUUACCUUCCUUCUGAAGUGCCAAACUUGUCUUUGCUUCAGGCCUUAGAGCAACUGUUUUCCUGCCCCAGAGCCUGAGCUUGUGAAGUACCUUUCAAGGCAAAGCACAGAAACAGGUAUCUUACAGCAGAAGACUGCAGUGGAAGAAAGGUGGCUUUUGCUGCUCAGAUUUGUGCUGCUCUGAGCAAAACCUAGUGUCAAGGUGCUCCGUUUUUUACUGGCUUGCCAGUUUGUUAAUAGGUUUGUAGGAGGAGCUCAGCCCAGGUUGUGGGUCUGAACAUUUCUCAUAGAAGCAGUACAUCUAGCAUAAUCAGUAUUAACAGAGAGGGAGAGACCAAAAAACAAAGAACAAUGUACAUUUUAGUAGUAUUCAGUUGCGCAUUUCAUCUUGUGAUAUAGCAGCAUUGCAGACCUUACUUAUGGGAGUAACAGAACUGAGCUGUCUCUUCAGUAAUGAAGCCGUUGUACUUUCAACAAAAGAAACCCACUAGUUAAAGGAUCUCUUCCAACCUUGCUGUAAUGAAUUCUGUGAAAUAAAGAUGCAGGAGUGAAAUUAAUAGGUCUAAUAGUAGAAUAAAUCCCUCUCAAACCCAAAGUUUAUUGGCAGCUUAGCACUGUUGUGUGUCAAGUGUAAGCUGACACUGUGAGGUUCCCCCUCCCAGAGGAGGGGUUUCCCAUUUCUCUCCAUUUAAGAUUGCUGUACAGCACUCACCAGUGUCAGCAAAGUCAAAUGAGUGCAAACAGGGCACUAACAGUUCAGUCUUGAGGGCUGAUUACAAGCCUGAGGCAAGAAAGAUGGAGAAAAGUUUUACCCACCAAGGUACAAGUGACUGAUACCAUUUGUGUCAUCGCAUCCUGUGAACACCCGGAAGUAUUUUUAAUCUUACAGACUACUUUCUCACUGGAACUCUAAAUUCAUCCAGUAAUUGCUAGCAGGUAGAGCAGAUCACAUGGUUAGUCCAGGGCUUGAGCAUUAAAAAAAGACUGCUCGCACCAAGCACUUAAGAUUGCCUUGUAUUACAGCCAUCCCAGCUUUAAAGCCACAUCACUCACAUCUCCAUCUGCACUGUAGGGGAUAUCAAGUGAAAACAGAGCAUGCGCUUGUUAGACUGCAGCAAUUUCCCGAGAUCAAGUAAUCUUAAAAUCAUGGGUUUUAAUUGUAAGAAUGGAUAAUGAUAUUUUAAUCCAUCAGUGUGUAUAUAGUAGCCAUUUCAUCUCUGUACCAUUUACAUCCCAGUACUGUGGCCUUCAUUUAACUUAUUAACAUUUUAAAGAUGUUGUAUUUCUGACUUUACACUAAAUAAAAACUUUUGAUUUGUCUCAA